AUGAAUGAAACAUAUUAAAAUCUGGUGAUAUAGUAUUUUGAAAAAUUGAAAAAAGUGCUUCCCCAAAAGCUAAAUUAUUAUAAAGAGACAAUAAAUAAGUUCUAAGGAUAAGAUAAAUCCUAUUUUGGAGAUCAUAUAAUCGCGUUCAAAUAGGGAAUGCAAAUCAAAUAAAGUAAAAUUAAGGAAUUUACGUUAACAACCCUAAUUGUAAAUUUUGAUUACAUUUUAGAACUUAGUAUCAAAAGGUUAUAUUGAUGGGGGCUUACAAGACAACACAGAAAACUUUUAAUAAUCUGAUUAAAUUGAAAUAACAGACACAGCAGGUAAAAAAAGAGAACAACCUAUGAAUGUGAUUGAAUCACUAAUCCAUUUAGUUUAAUAAUGCUUAGUGGAAAAGGAUGAAAUAAUUUCAUUAGCAUUAAAAUUAUUGAUAUCACUUGUGAUGAAUCCAUAAUGUAAUAUGUAAUAUCAUGAGCUAACGAAAAUUAUUAAAACUAUUGUUUAUAUUUAUGCUCAAUCAAAGUCUUAAAAUAUUGAUAGAUUAUGCAAAGGGAUUUUCUUAUAAAUUAUUUUGAUAACAUUUCAAGGAAGCAAUAGUGAUGCCCUCGUAAAAAUAACACUUGAUAAUAUGAUUAAUAAAGUUUCUGAUAUUAAAUAAUGUUAAUAUUGUGGGAAAGAGGGUAAGUUUGAAUGUAGAUAAAAUAAAGUAACAGUGUGUUCAUAUAGGUGUAAGAAAUAUAUUCAAGAGGCAUUGGAAUUAAAAUAAAAAAAUUAUGAAAAUGCACAAAAUCUGUUUGAUUUACUGAUCAGACUCUUAUCUCCAAAAUAGUAAUUUCAAUAACAAAGAAAUUAAAUAAUUUUAUUAGAGGGAAUCUAUUUCAUAUGUGAUAAUUAUGAUUUCUCUGUGGAGGCAUAAAAUAUUUACAAUUUGAGUUCAUAUUUAUUGAAGUUCUGUUUACAAAAUGAAUAAUAGUUAUAUUCACUCAGCUUUAAAAUAUUUUAAAGGUUAACUUUUAGUAAACAUAAAGAAAUGAUCAACCAAAUAAAUAUCUUUAUUAAUUAAAUCUAUAUUAGUGUUCUCACAAACAAGAAUACUACUGAUUAACAUAAGUAAACAACAUUAGAAUCGUUAUGGAGAAUUUUUCAAAGAAAGCAUGCCUCGCUUGAAUUUUAUUUGAAUUACGAUUGCAGUAUAAAGCAUGAAUUUUUAAUGGAAAAUAUUAUCAAUACAUUACACAGCAUCUUUUAAUAACAUGAAUAAUUCCGACCAGUGAUUACACAAAUAUAUCAAGCCAUUAUUCUAGGUUUAGAAUAGACCUUUAACGAAAAGGCUAUCAGUAAUUCUUAAUAAGAGUAAUAACAGCCUUAGGAUGUAGAUGAAACUGUAUUUAUAAACUAAUUAGAGAUGUAAAGAUAAUAAAAGUAAGAAAUAUAGAAAGGAGUCGAUCUUUUUAAAAAGAAUCCUGAGAAGGGAGUCUCAUUUUUAAUAAAAGCAAAUAUUUUAUAAGAUGACCCUACUUCGAUUGCUCGAUUUUUAAUUGAAAAUAAAAGUUUGCCCAAGGAAUCUGUCGGAUAAUAUCUAGGUGGUCAUCAUCCAAUCAAUAUAUAAGUGUUAAGUGAAUACACAAACUUUUUGAAAUUUCAUAAUUUAUCAGUUGAAUAAGCAUUAAGAUAGUACUUAGAUUUGUUUACUUUACCACCUGAAUCCUAAUAGAUUGAUAGAGUAGUUUAAAAGUUUGCAGAUAAAUUCUAUGAGGAUAACUAAAGCAAUACGAAUUUCCACUUUAAAUCCAGCAGCAGCAUUUAUACAUUUACUUAUCUCUUAGUCAUGUUAUAAACUGAUUUGCACAAUCCAAAAGUAGUUGAAAAAAUGAAAUUAACAGAUUUCAUUAAGUUAGCCAGGUAAAUAAAUGAUGGAGAGGAUUUACCAUCAGAAUAUCUCACAGUAACUUAUCACUCAAUUUAAAAAAAUCCCCUUGCUGUUAGAGAAUCUAAUACCCCUAUGAAUUCUCUCACGCCUAAUUAAUAUUAAAAAUAGAUGGAAGAACUCUUAAAGAAGAUUAAGGAUUUAAUCAAAAGAUAAUCUAAUUCUAAUUAUAUUUAAAUUGAUUAAGAAACAAUUUUGUUAUCAAAGGGUCUACUUGAAUCAUUUUCAGGAAAAUUUUUAGAAAUACUUUUGGUGACAUAUGAAACAACUCCUAAUGGCGAUUCUCUAAUUAAAAGUAUCCUAUAAUUAAUUAGGUUGUCUUCAAAAUUAUCUAUGAAAAUAGAGAGCUUGGUUUAGGAAGUUAUAAAAGUAGGAUUAAAUAGUUUAAAAAAAGGAAGUACUAUGUUAAUGAUCGGUUUAUUAUCAAUAAUUCCAACUAUUGGCAAUUCAUUACAUGAAUAAGGAUGGAAAUGUGUUUUAGAGGCUGUAAGUCAAAUGGAUGAAUUCAGAUUGUUAGAUUCAGAUCACACAGAAAAAGUGUUUAUGUGUUCAAAAGAUUUAGAUAAUUAAUCUAUUGAGGAGUUUAUACUUUAACUAUGUUAGUUAUCAAAAUAAGAAAUCAUUUAAAAACAUCGUAUCUACUCUUUAUAAAAGCUUGUUGAAGUCAGUGAUUAUAAUAUGGAUAGAGUCAAAGUAAUAUGGAAUAGACUAUGGUCUAUUGUAAGUCAGCAUAUUCAAGAAACAGUUACAUUCAGAGUUAAAAAGAUUACUAUUGUUGCUGUUGAUUCUUUAAAAUAAUUAAAUAUGAAAUUCUUAUAGAAAGAAGAAUUGUAUAACAUAGAAUUUUAAAGAGAGGUCUUAAAACCAUUUGAAUUAAUCUACAAUAAUAGUGAUAUUGAGGAAAAGGAAUUUGUAUUGUUAUGCGUAAAGCAAAUUCUUCAAAAUAGUAAAACUUACAUCAAGAGUGGAUAUAAGGUCAUUUUUAAUUUAAUUAAUCUUGGCUUAAAGGAAGAAAAUGAUACACUUUCAAAGUUAGCUUUUGAUCUCUUAAGAUUUAUAGAAAUAUAAGAAUUAAUAUUGAUCGAUUUAAUUUAAACAUAUUAGAUUCUAGGUAAAAAGGAUAAUGAAAAUAUGGCAGUUAAUUCAAUUGAAUUUGUUAAACAAUGUUAACGCUUUAUGAUAACGCAAGAGUAAUAAACCUUGUAGGUUCCCCUCUUAGGAAUUCUGUCAAAUUUGGCAGGGGAUAAAAGAAUUCAAAUAUAAACUUAGGCAGUUGAAACAUUAUUCUACAUUUUAGAGGAGAAAGGUAAUUUGUUUAAUGAAGAGUAUUGGAUAAUGAUAUUCUCUUCUGUUUUAAGACCCAUAUUUGAUGAAAUUUAAUUUACUUUAAGCUCGAAUCCAGAGCUCAAUUAAUAUUGGUUUAAGGAUAGUUGCCAAAAAGUAUUUCAAAAUAUUUCAAGUUUAAUCAAGAAACAUUACACUAAAUUAAAAGGAUAAUUGCCAGAUUUUCUGAAAUUAUUCUAGAAUUGUAUUUAAAAUUAGAAUGAAAAAUUAGCACAAUUAAGUAUUUAAGCUUUCAAAACUAUGAUUAUGGAGAAAGGAUUAUAAUUUGAAUAGAAAGAUUGGGAAUUAAUAUUGUCAUUCAUUUAAUAGAUGCUUAAAUAUACAAUACCAACUAAACUUAAAGAUAUAGACUAAUCUGCGAUUAAAUAAGAAUAAUAAGCUAGUCGUAAACUGUAGAGAUAAAAAUCACUGUAAACUGUUACAAAUAAUCUAAUAAAUGAAUGCUACAGUCAAUGUGCUGCUUAAUUAUUAUUAAUUUAAACAAGCAGAGACAUUUGCGAACUUUAUCAUUAGAAUUGGAGUCUAAGUUAAUUAGAUAAUCUAGAAAUCACAUUCUAUGAAUCAUAUUAAUUUGCUAAGUUAUUCAAUCAAUAGAUUGAACAAAGAUACAAUAUUUGGAAGUCAGGAUUCAUGCAAGAUAUGAAUGUGCUACCUGGUUUAUUAAGACAAGAAAGAGAAGCAUUUUCUUGCAUGAUUAUGAUAAUUUAAUUUAAAAUAGAGAUUUUGAAAUAAGAAUAAUUGAAGGAACAUCAACAAAACUAGGAAUAAACUAAUGAAGAAUUUUCAAUUAAAGAACCAUAUGAAAUAGUCUUAAAUAGAUAUUUACAAAUAUUAUUGGACUCUAUUAAGUAAUUUAAUUCUAAGCAUAUUUAAUUUAUUAAUCAAUAACAAGAAAGUGGAGAAGAUCCUCUCUAUAAGAUUAGGCAAUACGAAACGGAAAGAGAUAUUUAAAAUCUCAGAACUCUAUUAGAUGUUUCUAUUUUACCAAAAAUUUUGUUAUUGAGUGAUUAAGAGGUAGUUUUAAUUAUUUAUUUAGAUAAAACUAAAAUUAAAUGAAUUUUAUGAAUAAUUGUUGAAUGCAUGUAGCUUUGUAAGUGAAUACUGCAUAUUAUAAAUGGGAUGUUAGGAUUGUAAAAAGUGUGUUAGAUGCUUAAAUUAAUAGAAAAAUAAUCUGUUUUUUCAAAUAAAGAAAUGCUUACUAAAAUUGUUUGAGUUAAAAUGA